AUGAGCAGAAAGUGAGUUUUUUGAUAAAUUUCUAAUUUUGAAAAUAUUUUUUGCAGCAUCCGUGGUUUGCGUGACUUGCAAAGUGGUGGUGGCCAUGAUUCUGGAGCGGAUUCUGACGGCGAAGAUGGUCGUCAGGGAUUUUUUGUUGGCGGUAGUGAGCACAGGUCAGAAAUACCUGAAUUUAUUGAAUUAUUGGUUGUUGGGAUGUUGAGAAAUUCGUUUUAUGUGUUAAAUUGCUCAAAUUGGUUUCAAAUUGAGAUCUUUCACCGGAAAAUCUUAUUUUCCAGUGGCCAGCAAGUGUUGGGACCAUCGGGCCGCGACGGCGACGAUCUCGCGGCGCGAGUCUUCCAGUCGGCGUCGCGACAUGGAGCUGAAGCCGUCAGUGCAGACGACGCGACAUCGCGGUCGCGUCGUCCCGCGACUACAGGACGUGGCGUUCGUCUCAACGGCAAUCCCGAACCGGCGGUCCGUGUCAGCGACGGCGAGGCGACUGAGGGGCCGGUAAGGGAUGAAGUUUUGUUGAAAUAUACUUGUGAAGGGCUUUUUUUUUGUCAAAAAGUGUCUGAAAUGCAAGUUUUAAAGCGCGCGAAAAUGUUUGGAAAUUCAGAAAAAUUUUUAGUGGUCACUAUAGAGGCUCGCCAAGGACUAGUUGGAGAGGACGCUAAAGUGGCCACUAUUUUCCUUUUUAGUGGCCACUUCAGUAGUUUUUCAUCCAGUAUUCCUUCCAGUAACUCUGAUAAUUUUAAAACAAACAGAUUGGACCAGUUAUGUUGAUUCAUUGCCCCCUAAAGUGGCCACUAGGAGGUCUAGUAGUAGCACUUAGACCUCUAUACGGGCCACUAAUUUUUAACCCCUCAAGUGGCCACUAAUUCGACUACAAUAGUGGCCACUAAAACGUCAAAACCCUAUAGUGGCCACUAAAAACUUUCCCAGAAUGGUCAAAAUCUUCAAAAAAUGCACGAAAAUUGUCUUAAAAUGGUCGAAAAUGUUUAAAUUUUUUUUUUCGAAGUUUGCGAAUUGUCUAAAAUUGCUUCAAAAUGCACCAAAAUUUGUUUCGAAUCAAAGUUCGCUCUGUUGAAAAUUUUCAGGAGUGACCUUGUAAAAAAGUAACUUGAUAAGGCUUAUCAUAUCCAAAAAAUAACUGGUUCUACUUUACUAUAUUUUGGAAAAAUUAGAAUUUUUCCUAAGAUUCAGCCAUUUUUUCAACUUUUUUUGAAUAUCUAUUACUUGGUAUACAAUAUUCUUCUGACGAGCUUUGAAAAAUCAUAUCUGCGCUCCAGAACCUUUUCGAGAAAAAUUUAAUGGUUUUCCGUUACCGGGGGAACAAGGACUUUAUACCUUCCAAAAAGGAGCUCAAUCGGAGAAAUCGAAUUUUUCGGGUUUGAGAGCCCCUAACUUUUUUCACAGGCCUCGAGGGCAGUUUUCGAGACUAGAUUUGGAAUCAGCGUGAAAAACUACAUCUAGGGAACCUAGUCUCAUUCAGAAGUCCCACUGCGAAUGGAGACCAUUCCCUAGUGAAUCGAUUUUUUCCAGGUCCGCGUCACCUUGUACAUGUACCCCAACGGUUUCUCCAUCGACGAUGGUCCGUUGAGAAUGUUGAACGAUCCGGAAUCCGAACAGUUUAUUCAGGAUAUCAUGCAGGGGUGAAUAUCAAGAUUUGAUGGACUUUUUUCGUUUAUUCUUGAGAAUUUUGAAUUUAAAAUUGACCCUAAACCGAUAUAAUCCUCAUGGUUUACGUAGUAUCGUCAUUUUAUAGUUUUUAUGUCAUUUCAAAUUGAAAAAUUCGAUUUUUUUUUUAAAGCCAAAUCACGUGUAGCCGUCACUCAAACGUUAAGAUUUCAUUAUUAUGAUUUUCGUUGAUUAUUUCAAUUGACAUUAUUCAAUUAAAAAUAGCUCAAUGAAACUAAUUUUUUCAGCCGAAUCCCGAGGGAACUUCUUCAGCUCCAUCGUGGCCGUCAGAUCGAUCUUCACAUGGAACGAAAAUUGACUCCUUAUGAGCCGCCGAAAAUGAAACCUUUCCAGGUAAUUUUUUUUAUUUUUACAAAAAAGUUUGACUGGGUUUGUCUUCGUGUAGGUACAUCCAAUAUUUUAAAUGAUAAAAAGUUUAUAAUUUUUUUGAAAAGGUAUGCCGUGUUCAAAGUAAUUUUCGCGAUAGGCAAAAUUAUCUCUAACUCUCCAAAUUUUAGUUAUCUUUUUCAUUCUCUGACGGUUUUUUGGAUUUCGUAGAAUCACUUUUAACACGGAAAAAUUAUUUUUAACGCUCUGUUUAGCGCCUAGAAGCUUAUUAGGAAUGUUUUAUGUAAACCAUUUUUAUUAAUCUGAUAUUUUAAAUAUUUCUUCUUGGACAUUUUUUGGAGUGCAUUCUAAAUCUUCAAAAAAAUUAAAAGAGCGAAAAUUUUCAUAUAAAAACGCUUUUCGACUGCAAAUUUAGAAGCCGGUUUUUUUAGCCGAGAAAAUUUAUUGAAAGGAAUGAAGAUUUUCUCUCAUAGUGGUCCAUUGUUCCUGUAAUGAUCGUGUUUCAAUUCUCUUUUCAUUUUAUCCAAUUUUCAGGGAUCCGGAGCUCGGCUGGGGAACGUGGUGCCGACGGUUGUUGGAGCUGGAAGCAGCAGUGCGGCUCCUGAACCGGCUGCACCUCAGUCAACUCCAGAUGGUUCGUUUCUGAAAGAUUUGGUCGAAAGGGAAAAAAUAUUCAAAAAACAUACACCGGCUGGGGGAAGGCAGACCGCACUUUUGGGGGGUAGGCCGCACCCCAGGGUGGGAUCCAGCCGACGUAUGUCAAAAAAGUUCAAAGAAGACUGUAGGUUAAAGAGUUUUCGGUCCUUGGUAACGUAAACCGGCCUCUGACCAUUCCUAGUGGUCCCUUUAGCGGUGUCAAAACUCUUAAGUGAUUACUUGAAAAUAUCAGAAACGUUUGGUUCCCCUUGAAAUUAGUGUCAAUCCAAAAACCUACGUUGAGAGAUUUGAGAUGUGCAGGUGAAUAUAGUCUGUUCAGAUUUUGAAUGUCAAGUCAUCGCUUAAGCUCCGCCCCCAAUGGUGCGAUAAACCAAUCAGAGAGCGAGCCAUCCACAGAGUGUUUUUGAAUGACGUCAUUCUUGACUUUCAAAAUCUGAACAGGCUAUAAGCAGUCACCUAAGGUCACUUAGCAUCCCAGAAAAAAAAAACCCCUUGAGUCUCAUCUUCCGUACGCUUGAAACUAAACACCAUUGAAAAUAAAAUAAGUAAAAUCCCGAGAGUGGAAAUUUUCCAGAAGCAGCGAAAAACUUGGAGAAAGCCAAGGAAGAAGUGAAGCUCGAAGCUGGUCAACCUACUACUAAUGUAAGAGCUUUUUGAAUAUUGAGCUUCGAAAAUGGAUUUAACAGGUUCAAAUCCGUCUGCCAAGCGGCCAGCGACUCGUCGGAACCUUCAACCACACUCACACGGUUACUACUGUUCGCAGUUUCAUCUGCUCGUGGGUUUUUUUUCCCUUAAGUGUCUGAUUUUGACGAGAAGUUCAAAUAUAGUCCGUUCAGAUUUUGAAUGUCAAGUGGAAUGACGUCAUUUAGUAGUCAAGUCGAAUGACGUCAUUCGAAAACACUCUGUGGAUGACUCGCUCUCUGAUUGGUUUAUCGCGCCAUUAGGGGGCGGAGCUUGAGCGAUGACUUGACAUUCAAAAUCUGACUUUUGAGUUUUUUCAAUAUUCCAACUUUUUCAGCGCUUAUCCUGAAAUGGAAUACGCGCCGUUCCAGUUAAUGACAACUUUUCCAAACAAGGUAAUUUUUUAAAAUUAGCUUUUAGGUCCUUUUUAGCCAGAUGAAAUGCAUGUAUAAUUUUUUAAUGCCCUUGGUUCGAAAUUUCAUUUUUCCUAGACUUCACAUGGCUGACUUUUUUGGCGAAACUCGAGCGUUACCAUGCGCCUUCAAUAAAAUAUCUUUUGAUGAUAUGCGCCUUUAAAAGUUCAAAUGACGGUAGUCUUAAAGACGCAUGAGGGGACUUGGCUUGAUUUUUCCACGGAUUUUGUUUUCCUUGUUUUCAAAUUGGAAAUGAGGGAAGUAGUUUUAAAGGAACCUGUUCAUCGAAAAAACGCAGCUGAUUUCGAAACAUAACAUUUCGAAAAAGUAAUAUUCUGGAGCAAUUUCGUUUUGUUUAUAAAGGCAUCCUCAAUUAUCUAUCUAUUGGAUUGAACCUCGUUUUUUAAAAAGCUAAAAAUUGAAUAAAAAUGUCUUUUGUCAAUCGUAAUAGCCCAUUCCGCGCCCAAUCCUCACGAUUUUUCUUUAACCCGAGCUACAGAACCUUUCCCUUUGAAACGCGCGACCUGUUUUUGGGCAUGCGCCUUUAAUUUGGCUCAAAAUUUCGAUUAUAUUAGAGGCGCAGGAAGAGAAAGAUCCCUCGCGCAUAGUGAUUGGCUCAAAAUUUCGGCUUGUAUUAAAGGCGCAUGCAGAGAGAAAGACCGCGCGCAUCGAAGGGACGGGUUCCGGAGAGGAAAUCUUGAAAAUUUAGCGCGGAAUGAACUAUAUAUAGCUGAAUCGCGGCUGGCUUGAGCCAUCGAAAAAAGGGUCCUGACACGAGAAUAAAAGAGAUAGUGCUUGGUUGGAGGAGAGCGCAGACAUGCCCUUCUCUGCGCCAUCCUUAUCUCUCGGCGUCUCUCUCCUGUUUACGGGCUAUUUCCAUGUUUCUCUGACCUCGCCGGUGAGGGGACAGAGAGACGCAGACACGUGAAAACUGUCAAGUCGCGGUGAACGGGUUGGGAAAAUUCUCAGUGGCCACUAUAGAGGCUCGCUAAGGACUACUUGGAAAGGGCACUAAACCCACCUCUAUAGUGGCUACUAUUUUCCGUUUUAGUGGCCACUUUAGUAGUUUUUCAUCCAGUGUUCCUUCCAGUAACUCUGAUAAUUAAAAAAAAACAUAUUGGACCAGUUAUGUUGAUCCAUUGACCCCUAAAGUGGCCACUAAAAGUUUUCCCACGACUAUACAACAUAUAUUCAAGGUGAUCGAUGACGAAUCUUUGAGCUUGAAGGACGCGAAUCUGCUCAACGCCGUGGUUGUUGUCAAACAACAAUCUGUUUAA